GAAGCAGUCCCAACAGACCCAAUGAGUUGGCAGUCUUAUCUGGUUCCACUUGUGGGCAGUGCAAUUCUCUCCACAUUCACAUUUUUCUUGGGAAAAUGGGACUACUCGUUUGUAUGGGUUCUGAUCAUCAUAAUCGCUAGCGUCACAAAAAGCUAUUUGUGGAGGAAGAGAGAGCGAAGGUUAAUAGCUCUGCGAGCAACAGCUCUUCGAGAGCGAGAAGUCAUAAUGGCUCAACUUCAAGACCUCCCCGCGUGGGUACAAUUUCCAGAUACGGAACGUGUUGAGUGGUUGAAUAAGGUUAUUCAUCAGUUGUGGCCAUAUGUUGGAGAAUAUACAAAAACUUUUAUGAAUGACUUCAUUAUUCCGCAGGUUAAGGCUCAAAUGCCGGGAAUGUUCAAAAACUUUAAAUUUACCAAAAUGGACAUGGGUGAUAUUCCAUGUAGAGUUGGUGGAAUCAAAGUGUACACAACAAAUGUCGGACGUGAUCGUAUCAUAGUGGAUAUGGAUGUUGCAUACGCUGGUGACGCUGACUUUACGGUUUCAUGCUGUGGAUUUACUGGUGGAAUGAAUAAUAUUCAGUUUUCCGGAAAACUCCGUGCAAUUCUGAAACCUCUUCUACCGUAUCCCCCAAUGGUUGGUGGAGUCUCUGGAACGUUCCUCGAGAUGCCAAAAAUGGAUUUCAACUUGACUGGAAUGGGAGAAAUGGUCGAGUUACCAGGACUUAUCGAUGCGAUUCGAAGUGUAAUUAAUAGCCAGAUCGCAGCGCUGUGUGUCCUGCCGAAUGAGAUCGUUGUGCCACUAGCUCCUGAUGUAGAUGUCACUCAACUCUACUUCCCAGAACCAGAUGGUGUGGUCCGUCUGAAAAUCAUCGAAGCAAAGAAUCUCGAAAAUCGAGACAUCUCUUUUAUUAAAAAGGGAAAAUCAGAUCCGUACGCGGAAAUCCAAGUGGGAUCGCAAUUCUUCAAGACCCGAACCAUUGACGAUGACUUGAACCCGAUUUGGAAUGAAUAUUUUGAAGCCGUGGUAGAUCAGGCUGAUGGACAGAAGUUGAGAAUUGAGUUGUUUGAUGAGGAUCAAGGAAAAGAUGAAGAGCUGGGAAGACUGUCAGUUGACUUGAAAUUAGUUCAAGCUAAGGGAACUAUUGAUAAGUGGUAUCCAUUGGAAGGCUGUAAGCAUGGAGAUCUUCACAUCAAAGCCACAUGGAUGAAUCUCUCCACAGAACUCCGUCAUCUUGAGAAACAAGAAUGGGAAGCUGAAUGGGGACAAGCAGAUAAACCAAUUCAUUCGGCACUACUCAUGGUUUAUAUUGAUUCUGUAGCAGACCUUCCAUAUCCAAAGUCAAAACUUGAGCCAUCUCCAUUUGUGGAAGUCAGUUUGGGAAAGGAGACACAGAGAACACCGGUCAAAGUGAAAACGGUUAAUCCACUGUUUCAGUCUAAGUUCUUGUUUUUUGUGAGACAUCUAGAAGGACAGGAAUUGAAAUUUGAGGCAGUGGACGAUGGUACACGCAGAUCUCUUGGCUCUCUGAACAUUCCUCUUACGACACUUCUCAAAGAACCUAAUUUGGAGCAGAACCAACAGAUGCACAUGCUCACACUAGGUGUUCACCAGAGUCCCAUAGUUAUUACAACAAGGAUUCGGGUGCUCCAAAAAACUGAAGGAGACGCAAUCAAGAUGCAAGAGUUGCGACAAGAGAAGGAGGAGGAAAAGCUGAGAAAUAAUGCUUUGAUUCAAGGAAAACCAAAGAAAGGAAAUAACAGUGAACUGGGACACGAUGUACUGGGAGAAUAUGGAAAUGCAUUCCACAUCGAGCGAGCAAAUGGAAAAGUCAACGGAGAUGUUGUAGCGGUUGAGCCUGCUAAAACUGUCAACCAAGACGCGGCAGAUGACGAGGUUGAGAUUAAGUUGAACGUCGAUAAUUAUCAGAUGCUCCGCUCCGAUUCUCAGGGAUCUUUGAAUAGCCAUGGAAGAUCCAACAGUCGUCUUGGUAGACUAUUUCGUUCCAAGCACGAGAUGAAGAAAAGAGAGACUAGAGCUGAUGAAAAUCGCGGAGAAAUCGAAAUUCAAAUUGAUUUUGACGAUCUUGUGAAUCAGCUCAAGAUCGCUCUGAUUCGGUGUCGAGACUUGAUGACUUUUGACAAAAAGGAUCAAUGUAAUCCUUAUGUUUCGGUGAAACUGGUGGCGUUGGAUGGAAAUAAGGAGGUUUUCAAAAAGAAAACACCGACAGCCAAAAAUACGAGACAUCCGCAUUUCGAUAACCAUGUCGAAAUCGACAUAAACCCAUCAGAUCUACUGAAUCAUAAAGUAGUAAUCAAUGUGAAAGAUGACACAAACUACGGAACAUUUGUUGCAAAACCAGUUCUUGGAUGUCUUGAAAUUCGUCUGGACAGCCUGAUGAAUCGUCAACUCAGCCAAAGAUGGAUCCCUCUUUCUGUAGAGAGGAAAUAAUGAUAUUCUCCUAAAAAUUCCCGGUUUCGAAAUGCAAUAUUCAAGUGAUUCACUUACAUGUACUAUUAUUAAAAUGUCUGAUUUUUCCUGCCUCUUCCCAAUUCUUUUCUCAGUGCACUUACGGGUUGUAGGUGGUUUUGUUUGUUAAAUAUUAUAGUUUUUUUCUUAUAAAAUAAGGAUUU